AUUAUGGACGAAAUUCAAAGCACCGAGGCUGGCCCUCAGUUUGUUCACACUAACAUGUUUUGUGUUUUUGUGCAAACUUUCCCCACUAUCAAGUCGCCAGUGAGAGAGUCAACAUUACAGAAAGGUCUACUAUGUGUCUACUGUGUGGCCUUGAUCCAACAAGCACCUUAGAAAUAUCCUGGAUUUAUUUCUCUAUGGAUUAACUUCUUCGGCUGCUGUUUUUCCUACAUCUGAUUGGAAGCAUCAGCACCUGAUGCCAUGAGAAGCUUCUGCUCUGCCCUGCAACUCACCACCGUGGCACUUGGAAACUACCUAAGUUCUCUUCUUGUGACUAUUGUCACAAGUGUGAGCACCAAGAAUGGGAAAGUAGGAUGGAUACCUGACAACUUAAACUAUGGCCAUCUCCAUUACUUCUUCUGGCUGUUGACAGUAUUAAGUGUGGUGAAUUUAGUCGUUUAUGUCCUGAUUGCUAAGUGGUACACGUAUAAAACGCCAGUGGGGACUCUGCGCUAGCUGACUGCAUAUUAAGUUCCACCUUUGCUUGCAGAAGCAACUAUAAAUAAUAACUUUCGAGUAGGGAUCCACCUGCACAUAAGUUUUACACAACACAUUUAAACAAAAUUUCAACUAGCCAUCUCUCUACUUUUAAUGGUUGAAAUUUAUUCACGUUUAUUAAAGAUAAUUAUUGUUUUCAUCUAAAAAGUUGUGAUAAGUCUUAACUAUUGAAAGUUAAAAAUGAAUAAUUGAGAUUUUGUGUAAGUGUAGUGUAUAAGAUUUAUGUGUGAGUGUAGAUUCCUCUCAUAACUUUUAUGGUUCCAUUUGCUUUU